AUGUAUUAUUUAUCGUUACAUUAUCUUGAGUAUAGAAAAUUAUAUGUAUUUGAGGAGCUAAAACUUUAA